AUGGACCUCAUCAAGGGCUUUUAUGUCUUUUCUUCACCGCUGCUGAUCCCUCCUCUCCACCUGAGAAUGUGCAGGAAUUUAAAACUGCUUCUUUGGAAGAAUUUUACCCUGAAGAAGCGGAAGCCCCUGGUCACCGAGCUCGAGGCCCUUGCGCCGCUGCUGUUCUCCGUGAUCGUCAUGUACCUUCGCCUCCACAGUGUGCCCAGGAAACGGCCUCCUUUGAACCACCUCGUCACCAACAUCAGCUUGCUGCCGGCGUUCUUCUGCUUCCCCACGCAGGCUAAAUACCAGCUCGCGUACGUCCCGCCCCAGAGCCACGCGCUGAGGGCUGUCCCGGAGAUGGGGCAGGAUGCCUUCGACGUUGAGUUUGAAGUUCUAGGCUAUUCUUCAGUGCCCGUCUUUGAGAAUUACAUAAUCCAGGAUCCCAAAGGCUUCUACGUGUGGGCUGGAAUUGUCUUGGAUCACAGCUUCAGGGACAGCAAGCAGCCCCUGCCACUGAAGAUCAAGUACCGCCUGCGCCUGAGCAGCGUGCACAGGAGCCCCUUGGCCUUGAAGGUCGCCGCCUACCAUGAGCGCCUGGAGGGCUGGUGCACGGGCCUGCGCUACCCUCUGAACCCGAGCCAAGUGCCCAGGGCCUUCGGACAUUGCGACGGGGGCCUCCCUGGAUACAGCAAGGAGGGCUUCCUGGCCCUACAGCACGCGCCGGACAAGGCCAGCAUGCGGCACCACGGCCACAGUGCCACCGCGCAGAUGUUCCAGGGUCUCACGGUGCUGGUGAAGCGGUUCCCCCACGGGGCCCACAUCCAGGACACGUUCCUGCUGGUUCUGCAGAGCGAGCUCCCUCUCCUGCUCACGCUCAGCUUCCUCGGCCUCGAGCUCAACAUCGUCAGUUCCGCGGCCCGGCAGAAGGAGAGGCUGAAGGAGUACACGUGCAUGGCGGCGAGCAGCCGGCCGCGCCGGCCCGCCUGGCUCCUCGCGUUCUUCAUCUCCGCCCUCAUCGCCAUCUCUCUCGUGACCGUCCUCUUCUGCAUGCAGGUGAACGGUGUGACGGUGUUCAGAAACAGCGACCCUACUUUGAUAUUCGUUUUUCUACUGUGCUUUGCCACGGCCACCAUUUCCUUUGCGUUCACGAUCAGCACAUUCUUUCAAAAAGCCCACGUCGCAGCUGCCGCUGGGGGCAUCAGCUUCUCCUUCACGUACCUCGCGCACCUGUACUUCACGUUCAGCUACCCCCAGAGAACGCACUUCCAAAAGCUGGCCUUCUGUCUGCUCUCCAACGUGGCCAUGGCGCUGGGGGUCCGAUCAAUCUCCACAUUUGAGAUAAAAGGCACGGGUAAGCGGUGGAAAACUAUCGGCAGCGUGAGCGGGGAGUUUAACUUCUGCCAGGUGUUGCUGCUGCUGCUGCUGGACGCCGUCCUGUACAGCGUGGUGGCCUGCUACGUGGAGGCCGUCCUCCCGGGCGAGUAUGGUGUCUCUAAGCCGUGGUACUUCUUUGCCCCGAAAUCCGUGCCCCUCACAUGGCCCGUGCUGGACAUCGGGGACCCCAGCAAACCUGCGGAAAGCAAAUUCUUUCAGGAAGAGCCCACCAGUUUGGUGAAGGGGAUUGAAAUCCAGCAUCUCUACAAGGUGUAUGACAUGGGAAGGGACAGCCACAGCGCAGUCAAAGUGACCAUGAACCUGUACCAGGGGCAGAUCACCGUCCUCCUGGGACACAGCGGAGCCGGCAAAACCACCCUGUGCUGCAUGCUGGCAGGUCUUAUUCCCCCUUCAGGUGGAUGGGCCUAUGUCAAGGGGUAUGAAAUUUCUUGUGAUAUGGCUGAGAUCCGGAGGAGCAUGGGCUGGUGCCCCCAGCACGAUAUCUUGUUCCCAGACCUCACCAUAGACGAGCAUCUUUCUUUCUAUGCUCAGCUGAAGGGCUUGUCCCGUCGGAAGUGCCCCGAGGAAGUCCAGCGGACGCUGCACGUGCUCGGCCUAGAGGACAAGCAGGACACCCUGAGCCGGUUCCUGAGCGGGGGCAUGAGGCGCAAGCUCUCCAUCGGGAUCGCCCUCAUAGCGGGCUCCAAGGUGCUGAUGCUGGACGAGCCCACCUCGGGCAUGGACGCCCUCUCCAGGAGGGCCAUCUGGGACCUCCUGCAGCAGCACAAGAGCGACCGCACCGUGCUGCUGACCACGCACUUCAUGGACGAGGCUGACCUGCUGGGGGACCGCGUGGCCAUCAUGGCCAAGGGGGAGCUGCAGUGCUGCGGGUCCUCGAUGUUCCUCAAGCGGAAGUACGGUGGCGGAUAUUAUAUGACCUUGGUGAAGAAACCUCACUGCAACACAGAGAAGAUCUGUCGUCUGAUUUAUCACCAUAUCCCAAAUGCGGCUUUGCAGUCCAGCAAGGGAGAGGAAUUAACAUUCAUUCUUCCUCAAAAGGACACACACAGGGUUAACACACUGUCAGACAGCAACACAGAUGUCCAGGCCCUCAAGAUCUCCUCCACGCAGUUCCAACAAAGAGUGUCUGUCAGCGGGAUUAAACGCAUCCAGUCCCAGACCUUCCCAGUGCAGCCGGGCCUGCCAGUCCAGCUGAACACGGGGGAGGAUUUCUCAGGGUACAACCUCAGACACGUGGAGAGCGGUGCCUUUAAAGGAACACUUCCAGUGACUGUGGCCUUCAUCGUGUCCAGUGCAGGAAAUUUCCGGGCCCGCCUCAUCUGCCAGCAGUUCUACGCCAUGUUCCUGAAAAGGGUCACGUCGUACUCUUGGCACAACUGGAUGUUGAUGGUAACCAUGCAGGUCCUGGCGCCGCUGGCGACCACUGUCUUCAGCCUGGCCUUCCUCAGCUUGGAUACACGCAUGGAUGAGGUCCCACUGGAACUGACCCUAAAAACAUACAGUUGGACCACCGUCCCCUUCUAUAUUUCUCCCAAUUCCAGGCUGGGUCCUCGGCUUUCGGAAUAUUUUACAAACAUGCUUAAGGCUGAGGAGCAGCUCCCUCUGGAGACCCUGGGCUCCGUGGAGGACCUCCUCCUGCGAAAGGCAGAGGAGGAGCCAGAGGUCUUUGAUUACAAAUACGUCGUGGCGGCUUCCUUUGAGGACUCAGGGAACCACACCAUGGUGAUAGCGCUAUUCAACGACCAGGCGUACCACUCGCCCGCCGUGGCACUGGCACUUGUGGACAGCGUUCUCUUCAAGCUGCUCUCCGGGGCCAGAGCCUCCAUCACAGCCAUCAGCCACCCUCAGCCCCGGACGGCCCUGGAGGCCUCGGAGGAUAUCUUGUACCAGGGCCCGAAGGCACACUUCCUCAUCACCAACUUGCUUUUCGGAAUAGCGUUCUUGUCCAGCUCCUUCUCCAUCCUGACAGUGAAAGAGCGGUCCACGAAGGCCAAACACAUCCAGUUCACCAGUGGCCUUUACGUGGCCACUUUCUGGCUCUCUGCGCUGCUGUGGGACCGUGUCACCUCCUUUGUCCCCAGCCUGCUGCUGCUGGUGGUGUUUCUGUACUACAAGGAAGAAGCUUUCACGCACGAGGGCAACAUCCCGGCCGUUCUCUCGGCGCUCACGCUCUACAGCUGGGCCAGCACCCCCUUCGUCUACCUGGCAAGCUUCUGCUUGCACUAUGAAGGCAGUGCCUUCGUCAAGCUCUUCAUCACACUCACCUUCCUGAGCAUCUGCCCCAACAUUCUCGUCUGGGUCACAAGCCAAAAAGACCUGGGCUACGUGACAUUGCUGGACUCCUUGGACCGCACGUUACUAUUGCUGCCAGGCCACUGCCUGGGAAUGGCCCUCUUCAACUUACGCUACAACUACGGAAUCCAGGAGCUAUGCAAAGCCAGGAACCUGGACCAGCGGGAGUGUAACCAAGUUUCAGAGGGAUACACGGUCCAGGAGAGCAUCUACGCCUGGGAGCCUCUUGGGAUGGGGAAGUACCAGACGGCCAUGGCCAUCAUGGGCUUUGUGUACCUUGUCCUGCUCUUCCUCGUUGAAACCAACGUCUUGUGGGGGCUGAAAGCCAGGUUUCCUGACUUCAACAGGAAGCGACUACUGGUGACCAUGCACGAGGCAGCGUCCUUGCCUGUAGACCAAGACAUGGAACAGGAGGCAAAGAUGGUGGAGACAUAUUUGGAAAAGCUGCGUGCGGAAAACCCACUGGUUCUUAGAGAAGUGACAAAGGUCUACGAGCAGAAGGUGCCCCUGCUGGCUGUGAACAAGAUCUCCUUCGCGGUUCGAGCAGGGGAGUGCUUUGGGCUUCUAAGCAGCAACGGAGCUGGGAAAACGUCCAUCUUCAAAAUGCUGACCGGGGAAGAGCCCAUCACCUCUGGGGAUGCCUCUGCCAGGGGCCUCAGCAUCAGCUCUCACCUGAGGGAGGUGCGGUCCCAGAUUGGCUACUGUCCUCAGUUUGACGCCCUGCUCAACCACAUGACGGGCCGGGAGACGCUGGUCUUGUACGCCCAGAUCCGGGGCGUCCCCGAGUGCCACAUCGCCACCUGCCCACCCAGGCACCCCGUGGAACAAAUUCUUGACGACUUACUCAUGCAUGGGAACGUGGACAAGCUGGUGAAGACCUACAGCGGCGGCAACAAGCGGAAGCUGAGCGCAGCCGUCGCCCUGCUCGGAGAGCCUUUGGUCGUCUUCCUGGAUGAGCCAUCCACCAGCAUGGACCCCGUGGCCCGGCACCUGCUCUGGGACACCGUGGCCCGGGCCCGCGAGUCCGGCAAGGCCAUCGUCGUCACCUCCCACAGCAUGGAGGAAUGCGAGGCCUUGUGCACCCGGCUGGCCAUCAUGGUGCAGGGUCAGUUCAAGUGCCUGGGCAGCCCCCAGCACCUCAAGAGCAAGUUUGGCAGCGGCUACUCCCUGCAGGCCAAGGUGCGGGGCGACGGGCAGCAGGAGGCGCUGGAGGAGUUCAAGGCGUUCGUGACCCUGACCUUCCCAGGCAGCGUCCUGGAAGAUGAGCACCAAGGGAUGGUCUAUUACCACCUGCCCGGGGAUGACCUCAGCUGGGCCAAGGUGUUUGACAUUCUGGAGCAAGCCAAGACGAAAUUCAGGCUGCACGACUACUGUGUCAACCAAGUGUCUCUGGAGGACAUUUUCCUGAGCUUCACCUGCUCUGUGCAUCCAACCAAAGAGGAACACAAACAAGGGCAAGCAGAGCCAGCAGACCAUUCACCAACGUCUCCACCUCCCUCUCCACUGCCCUCCCGGCCUCCCUCUCCACUGCCCUCCCGGCCUCCCUCUCCACUGCCCUCCCAGCCUCCUUCUCUACUGCUCUCCCAGCCUCCCUCUCCACCUCCCACCCAGCCUCUAUUUUCCUCCCAGCCUCCCUCUCCACCUCCCUCUCUACUUCCCACCCAGCCUCCCUCUGAACCUCCCUCCCAG